AUGGCCCUGUCUCUAGGCCUCAUCAACUUCACCCUCUUCUUUGUCGGGUCGCUGCUCCUCUAUCAUUACAGCAACACUUUUCGAUACUACUUUCGGGUUUGUUAUUUAAUUGGCUGGAUGUUGACCAUGUCCCUCGUUGUGCUUCCUGUCGUGGCUCUCCGGGGAAGAAAUGUGGCAAAUAUGAGAGUCCUUCGCUUCAUAAUGUUGCCUUUGAAAUACAUCCUUGGAAUUAAGAUCAGCGUACGGGGUGCAGCGAACUUAAACCUGGAAGGGCCGUACGUCAUGGUUGCCAAUCAUCAGAGCAAUGUGGACUAUCUUGGGAUGCUUCAGAUCUUGCCAGGGCGAUCUACCCUCAUUGUCACGAAAGAGAUCUUCUACAUGCUGACGGUGGCGGUGGCCUGCUGGCUGAGUGGCUUCAUUUUCAUUGACGACAAGAAGACAGCAGACACCACCAGCGCCAUGGCAGCGGUAGCAGAGACCAUGGCCAGGGACAACCUGCGGAUCUGGAUGUUUCCCGAAGGCACCAAAAACUACUACUGCCCUUCAGACAUGCUGCCCUUCAGACAUGACGCCUUCCAUCUGGCUGUGAAAGCUCAGGUCCCAGUCAUUCCUGUGGUGAUGUCCUCAUACCGACCUUUCUUCAACAAGAAGAUCAAAAGGUUCACGCCAGGGGAAGUGACAAUCCAGAUCCUCCCGCCAAUGAAGACGGAAGGGCUUGUUUCAGCUGAUGUCUCUGAACUCACAGACCGCGUGCGGGAAGCCAUGCUCUCCUCCUUCCACGAGAUAUCAGAAGGCACAGGGGAACAAACAUGAAUCACCAAG